GGUGCUCUCUAGAAAUUUAGAAACCGCGCUGCAGCCAGCCCAGGGAGAGGGACAGAGAGAGAGGAAGAGGAACCAUCCCGUCAUCCCCGAUCCAAAGUCAACCAGCAUCCGCUGCUUAGAAGAUGAUGGGAAUGAAAAUGUUCACCAUAUUCUCUAGCGGUCUGGUAAAAGCUGAGGAUUCAAAAUCUAAGGUCAAAAGUGAGGAUCCCAAGCCUUCAACGUCUUCCGAAUCAGAAUUUGACUCCACGUCGAUCGAAUCCUCGACAGAAGAAGCUCCGCCGAAGGACAAGGUGGAAACUGAAAGUCAAGGGUUGCCUUCGAAGAACAAUGCCACAUACCAUUGUACUCCUGAGCAAAAUAACAAGAAGAAAAAGAAGAAAAAGAAGAGGGGACUCAUUGAUGCUCUGAAGUACUUGGCACUUGGGGAAAACAGAAUAAAACCCUUAACAGCAGAGAAGGACCCUCCAAAUGAAAAGGAAAGCAAAUCAGUUACAGCUGACCAAAUCAGGGAGCUGAUUAAAGAUCAAAGAUUCUCCGACGCCAGCGAACAUCUCCUGGCCAUGGAGAGGGAAUGCAGCACUGACUCUGGCAGCAAGCGCAAAGAGGACAGUGUCGACCAUCAGAGUGAAAUUGAAGAUCUCUUUGGGCUUUUGAAGCAAGAGGUCCUCAGGAUCAUACGUUCGUCUGUUAGCAUCGCAAAGGCUGAGCCAGAAGUCCUGAGGGAUGCAGUGAGGACAGUAGCAGAACAGGUGGAGGAGGACAGGAGAUGCACAUUGGAAGAAAAGGCAUCUGAGAAAGCUGCACAUUCCCGGCCCAGAGGAUGGAAAGACGAGUGGAGGAGUACAGUCCAGGAGUCCGUAACCGACAGAAUGAAAGAGCCUCCGUUUGACAGCAACGAGGGCCUCUCGACAACCGCCCACAGCUUCCUGCACAUGGGGAAGGCUAUGAAAGAUGACCUGAUCACUGUGGUGAAAUACAUCAAGGGCCAUUACCCGGAGGACUUCCAAGUGUGCAGCACCUAUGCGCAGUUCUACCACAAGUGCUUCUCUUCUCAGAUUGAGAUGGUUGCCCAGUUUGAACUGGGCAGGAAGGACACUUACCUACUACUCACCUGGGUGCAGAAUAUCUAUCCAAAUGAAAUCAGAAACCACCCCAUUUUAGUGAAAGACUUAGACCAAGCCCAUCUCGGAAGCCUUUUGCCGCUCAGGCAGAUCAAACAGUUUGAAGUGGCGUACCUGACUAACGAAGUGGAUGCUGCUAAGCGCUCCCUGGCUAACUGUCUGCAACUGGAAGUCAAGAAGUGGGCAGAGGGAAACGAGCCACCAAAACUAGCUGGUCACUAUCACAGUGAACUUCAUAUAGAUGCCAUCCAGAUUAUCCACAACAAACAGAAAGAAGCUGAAGGCAUUUCCGCAGAGCUUGGCAAGCAAAUGUCAACACUGGUUUUGGAAGAGCUCCUGGCCUUUCUGCAAAGCUACAAGAAGGCACUGGACGUUUUCAUGAGGGAGAAGAAGAACAACCAAUACUUUGAAGCGACAGUAGUUACAAACAUGAACAGUUGUUUGGGUUUUCGGUCCCAUGCUGAAAAAACACCAGGACAGGACUAUAUCCGACUGAAAAUUGUUAAUGCCCUUAGUGGCAUUGAGACCACUGGCUGUGAUGUGCUCGUUCAAUGCGUGGUUCAGGAACUGCAGCCUGUUUUUAGAAAGUUUACCCAGAGAAAAUGGGUUUCCUGCACUGAUAUUAUUGAUGAAAUCAUAGCAACCGCCAUACAUCAUGUUUCUACGCUGAGAGCUCUCAAAGACCCUCUUCGCCAGGCUGUCAUUGAGAAAAUCCACUUCUUUCUGGUCCAAGAGUACAUUUCAAGGCUUAUGAAGAAGAAGGUUAGCUUGAGGAACCCAGAACUGCAAAAGAACUUGUCUGAGCUUGUCCAACAGCAUGCCUCUAUUCUGUGCACGUUUUGCUUAGAGAAUGGGUCCACUGCCAAAUGGCUGGGUUAUGCUCUUCCAAGCCUGGCUGAAAUCAUCAAACUCCAAGGUACAGAUACUGUCAUGGUUGAAGUCGGAAUGCUUGCCAGUAAAUAUCCAGAUAUCAGCAAGGAGCACCUUUCCGCCAUCUUGUACAUCAAAGGAAACUUGUCCCGCAAUGAAACCAGAAGCAUCCUGAGUGUGCUGGACAUUGGCGUAACAGCUACCUUGCCCCACAAACAUUUGUUUUCAACAAUCAGGGUGUGAUGAGCUUGCCUGUUGCCUCUUGCUUGACUCAAACAGCUGCCAUUCAUGGGAGACCUGAAUUCAGCUCCAGCCUCCUUCCAGACUCAGCCACAUAGUUCAAAAACCAACCCCGGGUCCUAGUUUUGGAAAAGCGGCUUGAUCUUUACGCCGCUACCAGAAUGCCAGGAUAAAAUGGAAGUUGGUUUAGAGGUCCCACCAGAUUCAAGGGCCUGUGAAGUCUCCAGCAUUUCCUCUGCUGCCUCGGUUUUCCCCAUCUCGAAAAUGGGAUGGAAUCUCUGUCAGGCUACCUCAUCUGGGUGGUGCUGGUGUGAUGCCAAAGGGAAGCCUUCGCUUACUGUUCCUUGUUAAAGCACUUGACAGAAAAGCACAGUAACUCUUUGCACAUGUUUCUUCCUUAAAUAGAAAGAAUCCUUUGUAAAAUGGGUGGAGGAAAAUGGAAAAGUCCUCAAAAUGUAAAUAGCACUUGGAAUGUGGUCUUGGGGUUUUUUAUUAAAAACAAAAUGAAGUAGAAACUCCCAGAAGGUGCUUCUUCUGUGAAAAGCCCUUUUGGGCUCUAGGUAGAUGGCUGUGAAAACCACAUGUAAAAUUCCGAUGUUUUGCUCAAUAGUUUGUAUUGAUAACGUGCUAGGAUCUUAAUGACAGUCUGUGUGAUAUCAGGAUUGCUGUUGGUGUGGUUUAGGGAUUAGGUGCUACACUUGGACCUGGGUUCAAGUUUCUGCUUCGGCCACAAACUAUGGUUUUCGGGCAAGUCACUCUGUCCCAGCCUCUCUCUCUCUCUCUC